GAGCUGUGCGGGCGGAGCGCGGAGUGCAGCAUCCACCUGGAGGUGAUCGUGGACAGGCCGCUGCAGGUUUUCCACGUGGAGGUGGAGGUGAAAGAUAUUAACGAUAACCCACCCACGUUCUCCGUGAAAGAACAAAAGCUGUCAAUACCUGAAUCUAGACUGCUUGACUCUCGAUUUCCGCUAGAAGGCGCGUCUGAUGCAGAUGUUGGCGAGAACGCAAUGCUUACUUACAAACUCAGUCCAAAUGAGUUUUUCAUUCUUGAUAUUAUUAAAAAAAAGGAUAAAGACAAAUUCCCAGUGCUUGUUCUGCGAAAACUACUAGAUCGUGAAGAAAAUCCACAGCUUAAGUUGUUACUGACAGCAACUGAUGGAGGCAAACCCGAAUUUACCGGAUCUGUUUCUCUGCUGAUCCUGGUGUUAGAUGCCAAUGAUAAUGCCCCUGUAUUUGACAGACCCGUUUAUGAAGUUAAGAUGUAUGAAAAUCAGGCGAACCAAACGUUAGUAAUAUGGCUUAACGCUUCUGACGCGGAUGAAGGAAUAAACAAGGAAAUGAUGUAUUCAUUCAGCUCCUUGGUUCCACCCAUGAUAAGAAGGAAAUUUCAAAUAAAUGAAAGGACUGGAGAAAUAAAAGUAAAUGAUGCUCUUAACUAUGAGGAUAGUAACACUUAUGAAAUUCACGUAGAUGUUACAGACAAAGGAAACCCACCUAUGGUUGGUCACUGCACCGUCCUAGUGGAACUGCUGGAUGAAAAUGAUAAUUCGCCUGAGGUGGUUGUCACUUCUUUGUCUCUCCCAGUGAAAGAAGAUGCUCCGGUGGGCACUGUCAUCGCCCUGAUAAGCGUAUCUGACCAAGACUCUGGCGCCAACGGACAGGUCGCUUGCUCCCUGACGCCCCACGUCCCCUUCAAGCUGGUGUCCACCUAUAAGAAUUAUUAUUCUCUGGUGCUGGACAGUGUUCUGGACCGCGAGAGCGUAUCUGGCUUUGAGUUGGUAGUGACAGCGCGGGACGGGGGCUCGCCUUCUCUGUGGGCCACAGCCAGCGUGUCCGUGGAGGUGGCCGACGUGAACGACAACGCGCCGGCGUUCCCACAGCCCGAGUACACGGUGUUCGUGAAG